AUGGCUGUGUUGGUGCAGGUGAUUGCCAAGAGGCAGAACAACAACGAUUUCAAUAAUAAUGAUAACUGCGAUUACUAUGGAAACUGUUAUUCGACGUGGGGCAAUUGGGGACGAUGGGUUGUACUAGUCCUCAUAAUCGCUGGUUUUGUUUUGCUGGCUUUUGGAUUAUCGUUCGCCUCAUGUAUCAACUCUCGCCGCCGUCGACGUCAAGGUGUUCAGCCUAUGUACGGCACUGGUUGGAUGGCAAAACCCCCUCCAUAUGGUCACUACAACCAACCCGGAGCUUACAAUUACGGACCCCCACCUCCAUUGUAUACCCAAAAUGGACCAAUACCACCGCAACAAACGGGUAACACGUUCAACAGCAAUGAUGGAUACUAUGGUCAUCAUGGUCAACAAGAUGGAAUCGAGCUGCAGCAGCCAGCAAAUGCUUACACGAGAGGUGGAGAUGAUGUCUACCAGGCGCCCGUGGGUCCACCACCUGUUGGUACACGAACGAUAGGAAUGGUUGAAGAUAUUGACGUCGAUCUGGUCCGGGGCGGGGUUUGGGCGAUCAACAAAGGAGUUUGGGGUGGGUCCUGCAAAUUUGAAGUUUUCGCUAUGAAUGGUAAUGAGUCAAUGGAUAAUUCAAGUAGAGGUUUGGUGGGGGGGUGGGAGGAGGUAGGUAUUGGGGAUAGGGAUAGAAACGCGCGACUUUCCGUGUUAGAAUCACGGCAUAAAACGGCAGUACCACUCUCGAGUUGA